GUAAUCUGCUUCAGGAAUGACAGGCAUUCAGAUGAGCAGGACUGCGCGGACAUACCGCGGGUCAUAAAUCGGAAACAACAGAGCGGACAGGCUGGAAAUGAAGCCUCGUGGAUUGUUCAUAAUGGACAACCAAGAGUGCUUCAAAAAGCCAUGAUUACUGCACAGAGGACCCAUCUUGGGCGUUGUAUUCGGCAAUGGGACAGAACUUCAUAUCAACUCUGUCUGAGCGGAGAAGCACCGUUGAUGGAUCGGACAAAACUUUCUUUGCAAACUGUGAUGCACCAAACUCAAGCAUUCAAACUCCUCUUCUUAAGAGCAAAGGAAGACUAUCCUCCAUAGGCAAAAUCUUCAAGCCAUGGAGAUGGAGGAAGAAGAAACCCAGUGAGAAAUUUCAGGAGACUUCAGCAGUAUUAGAGAGGAAAAUAUCUAUGAGGCAGAGUCGAGAGGAGCUCAUAAGACGCGGAUUUCUCAAGGAAAUACCAGAUCACGAUGGUGAUGUUCCAUUUAAUGUUGGUACCUCUAAUGGUCACACAAUGCCAAACAUUGAAGAACCUCAGGAUAAGAAACCAGUGGCAGAAAAUAGAUUAAUAGGUGCUGUACUGGAAGAAAAAAAUGAAGAUAAAGAUAAUAAAGAGAAGCUGCACACAAGUCCAGAAUUGUUAUCAGCCACUGCCCAACCUCAACCCAAACAAAGAAAACAAUAUCUCCCUCCCAAAAAUGUAGAAGUGCAUGGCAGCCAUAAGAAAGCAGAUACUGCUGCAAAACAGACUGCAUGGCGUGCUAGUCAGCAGCCACCAGCCCCUCUUCCUAAGCCAACAAACCAGAAAGUAAACCACAUUGGUGAGCACAGCAACAUGGCCAUAGGAGCAACUGAACUCAAGCAAACAAAAGCACCUAUGUCUUCCAAAAUUGCCACUGCAAGCAAUAAGAAGGAUGACUCCACCUCCAAAAAAUCAACCAAGAGUGUUACAAAGGAUCUUUCAGCACUUCCAUCAAAGUGCACAAGUCGUGCUGGCACACAUGCAAACUCUCCAUCUUCAAACAAUAAAAAGCCAGCUUCCACAAAAAUAUCUUCAUCCAAUCCAGUUUCAUCAUCUGCACGUUCUAAGCAUUCAAGGGAGCAGGUGUCCAGUAAAAGUGGAACCUCUAGCUUCCAAAGAGCAAAAAAACUACCCAACAAAACCAUUCAUGGGUCGGCUGAUACUGAGCGUCAACACACAUCAUACACCAUGAAUUCUAAAGGUCAGAAAAAAACAGAACAGCCAUCACAGCAUAAAGACAGUUAUAUGCAAGAGGUGAGCUCUGAGAAACUUGCAAUAGCUGAACCUCAGUUUAAACAAAAGUCCAAUUCUGAUUUAAACCAUGAGAUAAAAGCUUCAUGCAGCACACAAGACCCACUGCAGGAAGGCAGCAUGCCUGAUCAAGAAACCCUUAUUUGUGACAUGAACCAGCUUUCUCAAGUUGGGAGAGGCAGCAAGGAAAGUUCGCAGACUGAGGAAGUAACGGAUACAAAUGAAGAAAAUGAGCAAAGUGAAGUCCCCAUGGAGACACAGAAUAACAUCACAAGUUUAGUAAGUCAAGAGACAGCUAAUGAACUUUUAGACUCCUUUCUCAAUCCUGAUAUUGAUAAGGAAGGCAACGAAAACCGAACCAGUGAUUCUGACUCUGAUGGACCCAUCUUAUACACAGACAAUGAUGAUGACGAUGACAACAACAAUGAAAGUUCAUUAGCAAGUAAAAUCCAACGGAGAGAUACACUUGCCAUCAAACUUGGGAACAGGCCAUCAAAAAAGGACCUUGAGGACAAAAAUAUUCUUCAAAGGAAUUCUGAAGAGGAGAGACAGGAGCUCUGGCAGCAAAUUGGAACAAAACUAGUUAGGAGGCUUAGUCAAAGACCCACAACUGAGGAGCUAGAACAGAGGAAUAUAUUAAAACAAAAAAAUGAAGAGGAGGAACAGGAAGCAAAAAGAGAAUUGAAACGAAGGCUUACGCGAAAGCUCAGCCUGAGGCCCUCUGUAGCUGAACUGCAGGCCAGGCGUAUCUUGCGCUUCAAUGAAUAUGUAGAGGUUACAGAUUCACUAGACUAUGACCGUAGAGCUGACAAACCCUGGGCAAGGUUAACUCCUGCUGAUAAGGCAGCAAUACGCAAAGAACUAAAUGAAUUUAAAAGCACAGAAAUGGAAGUGCAUGAAGAAAGUCGACAGUUUACAAGAUUUCACCGUCCGUAGUGAAAUAAAGAACUGUCAUCUCAGCUGGAAACCAAUUACAAGAACAUGUGCACAAAUGCUUUUUGUACCUCAAUCAAUACAAAUCGAGACAAACAGAAGAAGGACCAGGGAGACAUUACUGGAGAUAAAUAUUUAAGUUCUUUUUGUAUGGGCUUCCUCCAAAGGUUAACAGCACUAAGGUUUUCAGUUCAAAAGUCCUGAAAAAAUAUAUGACGGUUAGGUAUGCUAAAGUUAAAGCCUGGUGUGUUUUGCAAGAACAGAAUGAAAAUGCUGCCUUGUGAGUUAAACUGCAUAAUACGCUCAUUUUGUCUUCAUGUAACUAUGCAGCAAUUGUAUGCAUCCUGUAGCCUUCAGCAUACAUCAUGGAAUA